AUGGCAGAACAAAAAAUGAAACUCGAAGACUGGCUGGAUGACCUGUGUGUCCGCUUUAUCAUCAACCUCCCUCGAGAAGAGUUGGAGUCGGUUGAACGAAUAUGCUUUCAGGUGGAAGAAGCACAAUGGUUCUACGAAGACUUCAUUCGGCCAUUCGACCCCAACCUCCCCUCUCUGAACCUUCGUAGCUUCGCACUGCUCAUCUUCCAGCAUUGCCCGCUGAUGUCCCAAUGGUCCAGCUACCACCACUCUACUGCCUUCUCCGAGUUUCUGGCCUACAAAACUCGCGUUCCUGUCCGUGGUGCGAUUCUCCUCAACGAAGCUAUGGAUGAGGUCGUUUUGGUGAAAGGAUGGAAGAAAACUGCAGGCUGGAGCUUCCCUCGCGGAAAAAUAAACAAAGACGAAAAGGACUUGGACUGUGCUGUCAGGGAGGUUUACGAGGAAACUGGAUUCGAUAUUAAGCAAGCCGACCUUAUCGAGGAUGAGGCCAAAGUCAAGUAUAUUGACAUCUCCAUGAGAGAACAGAAUAUGCGGUUGUACGUGAUUCGGGGAGUAUCAAAGGAAACUCAUUUCGAAGCGAGAACAAGAAAGGAAAUCAGCAAAAUCGAGUGGUACAAACUCUCGGAUCUUCCCACUCAAAAGAGAAUCAAGCAAGAAGAAGGCAAUGCUUCUAACUCCAACAGGAACAAAUUUUACAUGGUUGCUCCAUUCUUAGGGCCCUUGAAGAAGUGGAUAUCCCUUCAAAAGAAAAGAGAUCUUCAAGCGACCAAUUUAACCGCACAGAUGGGUGCCGAAAACGCAGGCAACGAGACAGCCGAAGAGGGCCCAGAACUGCAAAUUAGUGGCGCUCUGCCAAUCGACCACGCCAUUGAAACGACCUAUCCGACGAGUUUAUCUGGAGCUCCUACAAAUACAGAUCCUUCUGUUCAAUUAAAACGACUUCUAAAUAUCGGAACAACCAACACGCCAAUUCAGCCGGCUCUCACAUCUGAGCAAAAUAUGCCUGGCGCCACACCAGGCUCUGCUCUCUUAGAGUUACUCAGAAAGGGCUCAGAUGUUCUUACCCAGUACCCAGAGCAAAGAUUUGCUCCUUUACCGUUAUCGGCAGAACCAGCAGGCCCGGUUACAUAUCCCUUCCAUUUACCUGCAAUUCACCCAACCAACAACAACAAUACCCCGCGAUCCACCGCCAUGUCUGGCUCAAAUCUUGGGAUUAUUGGACAGGGUGUCCCAAAUCGGUCUAACAUAACACACUAUAAUCCUCAGGUUUUCGCACCAGCUGCGUUUCCUCCUGGAAAUGGCUGUCCACCGUUUCUACCUGAACAGUUGCACCGUUUCCCACAGCCGCCUCCACCGCAGCCUCCAUCGCAUUUGGGACCUGGGCCAUUUUCAGGUUAUCCACAUCAUCUAGAACAACGCAACAGGCCCUGGUUGGCACAAGGUCCAGCCCCAUUGCCAAACCAGAUGUUCGAUAAUAUACAGCGAGAGACACCCACAAAGACAGAGCUUCCUAGAUACCAGAAUGGAUCACAGUCGGAACGACCUUCAAACUUUCAAGCCCCGUCUAUUCCGCCUGCAAGCAAACUUCCACCGCCGAAACUGAACAGUCACACUCUUGCACUGCUAAAUGUGUUUAAAGGCGACAGCUCGCAAAAGUCGCCGGAACAGCCCCCCAAUGCCCCCCGAGAAACCGGGGCUUCUAGAUCUGACCGAGAUAGCUUGUUGAAACUUUUGACCACAACGACUCCUCCGUCGGCGGCCCCCGAUUCACUACAGCAAGGGAACAUUACGACAAAGCAUCCAGAUAUGGCAAAUGGCAAAGCAAGGGUUACUCAAGCAAAAGGAGACGGAUAUCUAGGCCCUCCGCAAACCGUGGUAUCUGGACAAAAAGGUCAUCCAAGGCCGUCUAUGAAAGCCCAGACGAAAUCUCCAAAAAGCAAACCACCUGCUAAAUCAAAUGCAAGACGGUCUCCGCCACCAUUGUCAUCUGAACCUCAGUCUGCCCCUAAACAUAACAUCAUGAUUCUUCCUCGACCAACCCCGAUUGCGAAAGAAUCUCCUCCGACUAUACAGCCUUCCCAAACACCCCGUUCUCCAGUCAAGAAGCAUGCCAAAAUAUCAGAACUUACAAAGCCUUUCAAACCGAAAAUUCUCCGCCGGCCUGAUAAAGACAAUUUAGAGGCGUCUUUGGCAACUCAUACAGUAACUGUUAGCGCAUUUACUAAACCUCAAAGAGAGACGAUGUUGGAUGUGCCAAAGGUAACGGAGGAGCUUCCGAAUCCUCCGCCAAAUUAUGAUCGCCGCCAGACCCAGUCAAAUGCACACAAGGGAAAGUUUACUUGCUCUGUUCGGACAGCCAAGCACACCUACUGGACGGCCUGUUUCGAAAGGCAAGGAGGUCGAAUCCCCACAAUUGAAGUCGCCAGCGGAAUCCACCGCGGCCAGCUUACAAGGGGGUUCUUUGGCACGAAGUCAUACUGA